CGCUCCCGGCCGCGCGCUCCGAGCUCCCGCUUCUCCCGGCUCCUGUCAGUGCGGUGACUGCGCUGGGAAACAUGGCGACCGAGGGGAUGAUCCUCACGAACCACGACCAUCAAAUCCGCGUCGGAGUCCUCACAGUGAGUGAUAGUUGCUUCAGGAAUCUUGCAGAAGAUCGCAGUGGGAUAAAUCUCAAAGAUCUCGUACAAGAUCCUUCUUUGUUGGGUGGGACUAUAUCAGCAUACAAGAUAGUACCAGACGAAAUAGAAGAAAUCAAGGAAACCCUGAUAGAUUGGUGUGAUGAAAAGGAACUUAAUUUGAUACUAACAACUGGAGGAACAGGGUUUGCACCACGAGAUGUCACUCCAGAGAAAUUCCCAACAUUCCCAUUUUGUGGGCUCCAGAAAGGGGCCACAAAAGAAGUAAUAGAACGGGAAGCACCAGGGAUGGCCCUGGCAAUGCUGAUGGGAUCACUUAAUGUUACACCUCUGGGCAUGCUCUCUAGGCCUGUAUGUGGAAUCAGAGGGAAAACUCUCAUAAUUAACUUGCCAGGUAGCAAGAAAGGAUCUCAGGAAUGCUUUCAGUUCAUACUGCCAGCUCUACCUCAUGCCAUUGACCUUUUACGUGAUGCCAUUGUAAAAGUAAAGGAAGUGCAUGAUGAACUUGAAGAUUUACCUUCCCCACCACCUCCUCUUUCUCCUCCUCCCACAACUAGCCCCCAUAAACAGACAGAAGACAAAGGGGUUCAAUGUGAAGAAGAGGAAGAAGAGAAGAAAGACAGUGGUGUUGCUUCAACAGAAGAUAGUUCUUCAUCACAUAUAACUGCAGCAGCCAUUGCUGCCAAGAAGCAUCCAUUCUACACCAGUCCUGCUGUUAUCAUGGCACAUGGUGAGCAGCCCAUCCCUGGUCUCAUCAGUUAUUCCCAUCAUGCAACAGGCAGUGCAGAUGAACGGAUUCCAGACUCCAUAAUUUCUCGUGGCGUUCAGGUGCUCCCACGAGACACAGCUUCCCUCAGCACUACUCCUUCAGAAUCGCCUCGUGCUCAGGCUACAUCUCGCCUUUCUACUGCUUCCUGCCCAACACCAAAACAAAUUAGACGGCCGGAUGAAAGCAAAGGAGUUGCUAGUAGAGUUGGAUCCCUCAAAGUCCAAUCCAGGUGCAGCAGCAAGGAGAACAUUCUCAGAGCGAGUCACAGUGCUGUUGAUAUCACCAAGGUGGCUAGAAGACACCGCAUGUCUCCUUUUCCUCUAACAUCUAUGGACAAAGCCUUCAUCACAGUCCUGGAGAUGACUCCGGUGCUUGGGACAGAAAUCAUCAACUACCGAGAUGGAAUGGGUCGAGUCCUUGCUCAAGAUGUAUAUGCAAAAGAUAACCUACCCCCCUUCCCAGCAUCAGUAAAAGAUGGCUAUGCUGUUCGAGCUGCUGAUGGCCCAGGAGAUCGUUUCAUCAUUGGGGAAUCCCAAGCCGGUGAACAGCCAACUCAGACAGUAAUGCCUGGACAAGUCAUGCGGGUUACAACAGGUGCUCCAAUCCCCUGCGGUGCUGAUGCUGUAGUACAAGUAGAAGAUACCGAACUUAUCAGGGAGUCUGAUGAUGGCACCGAAGAACUUGAAGUACGAAUUCUGGUGCAAGCUCGGCCAGGCCAAGAUAUCAGACCCAUCGGCCAUGACAUUAAAAGAGGGGAAUGCGUGUUGGCCAAAGGAACGCACAUGGGCCCCUCAGAGAUUGGUCUUCUGGCAACUGUAGGUGUCACGGAGGUUGAAGUUAAUAAGUUUCCAGUGGUUGCAGUCAUGUCAACAGGGAAUGAGCUGCUAAAUCCUGAAGAUGACCUCUUACCAGGAAAGAUUCGAGACAGCAAUCGUUCAACCCUCUUAGCCACGAUUCAGGAACAUGGUUACCCCACAAUCAACUUGGGAAUUGUGGGAGACAACCCAGAUGACUUACUCAAUGCCUUGAAUGAGGGUAUCAGUCGUGCUGAUGUCAUCAUCACAUCAGGGGGUGUGUCCAUGGGGGAAAAGGACUAUCUCAAGCAGGUGCUGGACAUUGACCUUCAUGCUCAGAUCCAUUUUGGCAGGGUGUUUAUGAAGCCAGGCCUGCCAACAACAUUUGCAACUUUGGAUAUUGAUGGUGUAAGAAAAAUAAUUUUUGCACUACCAGGGAAUCCUGUGUCAGCCGUGGUCACCUGCAAUCUCUUUGUUGUGCCUGCACUGAGAAAGAUGCAGGGCAUCUUGGAUCCUCGGCCAACCAUCAUCAAAGCCAGGUUAUCAUGUGAUGUAAAACUGGAUCCUCGCCCAGAAUACCAUCGGUGUAUACUGACUUGGCAUCACCAAGAACCACUGCCUUGGGCACAGAGUACAGGUAAUCAGAUGAGCAGCCGUCUGAUGAGCAUGCGCAGCGCCAACGGAUUGUUGAUGCUACCUCCAAAGACAGAGCAGUACGUGGAGCUCCACAAGGGCGAGGUGGUGGAUGUCAUGGUCAUCGGACGACUAUGAUGGUCACCAGCGGAGAAAGCUUUGAUGCAUGUCCACAUAUCAUUGACUGUAUCCUGUAAUAUGCAACGGCACAGCUAGUUUUUCUGAUUUGGAUAAAAGUUGAUCUGUAUAGUCAACAUCUUGAACUAUAUUUCAAAAGAAUUUAAAUACCUUUUAAAGAAAAAAAACACCUAAAAAUAAAUCUUAACAGAUAACUCUAUUCUGAUUAUAUCAAAGCAAAAUUUUCCUUUCUUGCAAAUUGCUUUGUGUGUUCAAUGCUAGGUCUGAUAGCGAUAGCUUUUAGUAGACAGCAGUAGGUGCCUGCAGAACUUGUGUUUUUCUCAUCUUUAAACAACUACUUAUGCUCUCAAAUCAAGGCUGUCUGCUUAUUUAUACUAGCGUAGGCAACACUUGGAUUUCCCUUCUUAGUAUGCUUCAUAACCGCUUUCCAGAGAGCUUUCGCUUGUUCUUUAUCCUGUAUCUCGUGUUUAUGUGCACAGUGCCAACAGAAGAGCGACUGGGGGAGGCCCUGCCCUGCCUCCAGGAGAGCCAUCCCUCCCAGAGCUUCCGGGAAGUUUCUCACCCCAGGAGCCUCAUGGCACAGUACUCUUGGGCAGUAACUGGAUACCUUUUAUUUGAACAAUCUAACUGGGGGGAAAUGCUUCCUUAAGUGCUGACAGCCUUUUUAACCAAUACAUUUAAAAUUGUACAGAAAAAAAACAUAAAAUCAAAGACUGAUCUUGUACAGAUAUUAGUGUUACCAGCAUUCAUGUGGAAAUCAAGAGCAAAGAAAAAAUAAUGAUAAACAACUCUGUACCAUAACAUUUUCUGUAAUGAUACUGAAACUUAAUGAAUAAAAAAAAUCCUUGAUCAUUAUAUAAAAA